AUGGUACUGGAGCUGGGUAACUAUAGUGCAAGGCCAAAUAUAGCCCAAGAAACAGAAAAUACAAGAACAGUGCAAGGCCAAAUAAGAGCUGCCAAAGGUGUUAAAACUGAUUGGAUGAUGCAUGAGUUUAGGCUCCCUUCUCUUGUUGACUCUUCAUCAUCUGACAAGACCACUAUUCCUGCUAAUGACUCUUGGGCAAUCUGCAGAAUAUUCAAGAAAACAAAUGCUACAGCUCAAAGAGCACUAUCUCACUCUUGGGUUUCUACCUUACCUGAAACACCAACUACCACUACCAAUGAUACAGAUCACAUAUUCCAGUUUUGUUCAUCCAACAUGCCAACAAUAAUGGCAAAGAAAACUAGCUUCAUGACCCAGUUUUGCACUAACUACACUAGUGACACACAAAUCCAAACUGAUGAAGUAGGGUGGAAGAAUCUUGCUCCACAAAACCAGAGCAACAAUUCAAUGUACAUGCAUCACUAUGGUUAA